AUGAAAGGUCUUCUGCUGCUCACCCUGUCUGCUCUGUUCUGCUGGGUCUCAGCUGACAUUCGCUGUCACUCCUGCUACAAGGUCCCUGUGCUGGGCUGUGUGGACCGUCAGUCCUGUCGCCUGGAGCCAGGACACCAAUGCCUGACAACACAUGUAUACCUCGGCAAGAUGUGGGUUUUCUCCAACCUGCGCUGUGGCACCCCAGAAGAGCCCUGUCAGGAGGCUUACAACCAAACCAACCACAAGCUGGGCCUGACCUAUAACACCACCUGCUGCAACAAGGACAACUGCAAUAGCCCAGCCCCCCGGCCCACUCCAGCCCUGGCCCUCAUCUUCCUCACCUCCUUGGCUGGCCUUGGUCUCUGGCUGCUGCACUGA